AGCUCCGCCGUUGGGAUAGAGCACACACCCAAAUUUGCAGCAAACGAUUAACCUAAUGAGAAGAAGGCAUCCCUGUCAAGCAUGCAAAUCACAUCUUCCAAUGAAUUCAUUUGCAAGGCAUAAUUAAAAGAUUCCAAACUGUGUGGAUUAAUAAUAUCUGAACCAAAAAAAUGUCUAUAAAGUUAAAGGCAUUAGUUGACAAGGCGAACAACAGAGUGAUAUUUGCAGAAUCUGAUGGGGAUUUCGUUGAUGUUCUCUUUAGUUUUUUGACGAUGCCUAUUGGAACCAUCGUCAGGCUCACAAAUAAUCGGCCACCAAUCACAGCGAUAGGUUGUAUGAACAACUUGUAUGCAAGUGUUGAAAAACUUGAUGCCCAACGUUUCAGAACUGAAGCAUGUAAGACAAUGCUGCUACGCCCUAAAAAUGGGUCUGCAACUCAGUAUAAGGACUUGAAACUGAAAAUUGAUAGGGAGUCUGCAACCUAUUUUUACUGUGGGGACUUCAGUUGCAUAAGCUCUAAGUGUAAGUUACUGAGUCAGUACGCAGGUAGCUAUUGUGAUUGCGGAAGGGCCAUGAACUCUUCAAUCGAAGUAAAUACUAUUGGAUCAAAGGAUUCAAUAGAUAGAACAGCUUUUGCUAAAGAAUUUACUCGGUUUUUAAUAAGCGACGAGUUACAGGUGAUACCUUCGUCAACUGCUGCAAGCUUUUCUUUGAUUUCCAAGCUUGGAAUCAUGGAUAUGAGUUCCACCGAGGAGAGAGUCUUUAGUAUUGGAUUCGAUGAGGUUUUGAAUUUGCUGAAAAGCUUAUUUGUAUCAAACUUUCCUUUAACAGAAACUUUCUUGAGGCCUAAAGAAUUACCUGAUUUUAGCAAGAAAACUUUUCAAGCGAGUUCAAUAAUUAAGCACCAACUUAUUAGGGAAAAUGCACGAAAAGAAAAUGUGAAGAUGUGUGCAAGGCUAUUUCUCAGCAAAUCCAAGAAAAGGGUGUGCUAUGCAGAAGUUGGUGAUGAUUUUGUUGAUUUACUCUUUAGUUUCCUUACCAUUCCUCUUGGGUUUAUAAUGAAAGAAAUGAAUGGUGCUCAUUCAAAAGGGUGCAUAGACUAUUUAUAUAAAAGUAUUAUGGAUCUUGAUAGUGAGAAAUACUUCAAAACAAAUGGCCAUAAAGAGAUUUUACUUAGUCCCAAGAUUGCUCCUGAUUGUGGCUAUGAGAACCAGCUUCUAGGGGUGAAGGAAGUUGCCCAACCGCUCUGCUACUUCAAAAUGAAUAGUGGGUGGUCUGUUGUGAUUUAUUUGGAUAAACCUACUAGCAAUACAAGCAUUGCCUUAAGAGUAAAGGAUCCAAAAUCAACAUACAAGAGCGGUAAAACUGGCGGAGCAUUUGUGAUGGGACCUGCUAUGUUCACAGUAACAGAUGAUCUGAUUGUAACACCCAUAUCCCCAAUUUCGGGUCUGUCUGUUUUAAACAAAUUGAAUAUACCUUUCAAUGACAUUGAAGAGCUGAAUGUCCAUGUCGGGAAUGAGGAGGCUUCUCGACUACUGGUAGCUUCUUUUAUGUCUGAAUCUGCUCUAACUGAGACCUUUCUCCAGAAAAAGAUAAAAGAAGAAUGCUAAUGGCAUGUUUACUGUAUUACAGGAUUUGUUAGUCGUAAAGUAAGAAUUUGUGUUUUUACUUAUGGUUUUUUUGUAAUCGACUAUGUUAUGGAGGGUUUCAGUAUUGUAUUGGUGAUGAGUUUGCCUACUUUGAUCUAUAUAUUUUAGUAAAACUUUGCUUUUUGUUGUUUAUAUAUAAGUUUAUUCA